CGGGGAAUCUACGUCAUCAAUCGGGAUUAGAACACACAAAAAUGGCGCUUGAAAACUCCACCUCGAGUGAGAUCUCAAAAAGACUUUGCCAAUUUUGUGCCAAGGAACUAUCAAACUUGAGCUCAUUAAGGCAGCACGAGUUAAGACAUUCGAGAGUUGGACCUUACAAGUGUAAAGAAUGCGGAUUAGCCUUUUACAGCAAUGCCAAUUUCAGACGACACGAUUGUAAACAUAUUAAAAUUAGGAAAUAUGAAUGCAGAACUUGUAAGAAGAAAUUUUUCUCAAUAAAAGAUUUGGAACGUCAUACAAAGAGAGAGGAGAAAAGGAUGAAGUACAAGUGUGAUCAGUGUAAUAUGCCAUUUGAACAGAAAGCGCAAUUAAUGGAUCAUAUGGGAACGCACACAGGUGAAAAGAGACAUAGAUGCAAAGAAUGCAACAAAUUGUUUAGGUUCCAAAGUAAUAUGAAUAGACAUUUCAAACUUCACAAUGCCUGCUUGUAUCCUUGUGGAGUUUGCAAGAAAGUCUUCAAAACAAAGCGCUAUCUUGAUAAACACCUAGAGAGACACAGUAAAAAUGAUUAAGGAUAGUAUUAUUUGGUAUGAACAGAUGUUUUACAUUCUAGGCUAAUUCUCUUUCUGUAACAUUCGAGUGAAAUGUGACAUCAUUUUAAAUGUUUUGUUCUGCUUAACAUGGUUAAUGUGUAAAUUUUCUGUCUUUGCUUGUACACAUUCAUUACU